GCAUCCGUGAAGAACAGCGUGUAUGUGAACGUGCCAUGGUGCCAGAGUUGGAAAGAUGGCGGCUUCUGCGUUCCGCCGAGGUUUGCUGAGUUCUGUCACUUCAUACAACAGGAAACACUCACACAGAAUACUGAGUAUCGCAGACACCAGCCGCAGCUUUCCGGCGCACAGACAGCGGUUACAAUGCCGGGCCUGCGGCUUGACCGGCGGCGUUCAGCUGAUGAGAUUCAUGUCGUCACGGAACAGGCCUGAAGGGAAGAUUUUGGAAACAGUAGGAAUGUUUGAGGCUGUGAAGCAACACGGAAAAUAUGAAACAGGACAACUCUUUCUCCACAGUGUGUUUGGCUACAGAGGCAUCGUCCUGUUUCCCUGGCAUGCCCGACUCUAUGACCGAGACAUCACUCCUCCCAUGUCUGACAGCAAACCUGAUCCCUCAGGAGCCCACGGUUCCAAGGAGGUGAAGGGAAAGACUCACACUUACUACCAAGUCCUGAUUGAUACCAGGGACUGCCCACACAUAUCGCAGAGGUCUCAGACAGAAGCGGUAACAUUUCUGGCCAACCAUGACGACAGCAGAGCCCUGUACGCCAUCCCAGGUCUGGACUAUGUGAGCCAUGAAGACAUCCUGCCCUAUAACUCCACAGAGCAGGUCCCCAUCCAGCAUGAGCUGUUUGAGCGCUUCCUCACGCACAACCCUGCCAAAUCUCCUCCAUUCGCAGCCAGAGACACUCUGAAGGCGUGGCAGGAGAAAAACCACCCAUGGUUGGAGCUCUCAGAUGUUCACAGAGAGACCACUGAGAACAUCAGAGUCACCGUCAUCCCCUUCUACAUGGGCAUGAGGGAGGCGCAGAAUUCCCAUGUUUACUGGUGGAGGUACUGUAUCCGUCUGGAGAACAUGGGCAGCGAGGUGGUUCAGCUGAGAGAGAGGCACUGGAGGAUCUUCAGCCUGUCAGGAACCCUGGAGACAGUUCGAGGGCGAGGAGUUGUGGGCAGGGAGCCUGUUUUAUCCAAAGAGCAGCCAGCCUUUCAGUACAGCAGCCACGUGUCUCUACAAGCCCCCAGUGGUCAUAUGUGGGGCACGUUUCGUAUUGAGAAGACUGAUGGUUCCCACUUUGACGUUCGCAUUCCUCCUUUCUCCUUGGAGAGCAACAAGGACGACAAAGCACCCCCUGCUGGCUACACGUUCUAACUGCGAGUACACGCCUCCCACCAAUGAGGACCAGACUUGCUUUUAGUUCUGAACACACCUGGGUGUUCUUCACUUGCUCUCCCUCUACAACAUUGCCUCAGUCUUCAGUGCAAGGCUAGCGUUAGUCAGGGUGUGCAAAGGGAACACAUAGCAUUUUCUAGCUCAUCCAAUGCAGGCCCACUUUGCCCUUUUUUUUUUACCGACUGUGUGCACCCAACGUCAGUUUGUCAUUGAUGAAAUCACAGAUGACUCAUUGAAAUGCAUUCACGGCAAAGUUAAUGUUGGAUUCUUCAAAUCACCCAGAUAGAUCUUUUUUCUGCUAAUUACAGUGACGGUGGCAGUUGGCCAUAUCAUAAUUUAUAAGGAGAAAUCUACUGUCAAAAAACACAUUCAUUGAUUUCUUUUUCGGCCAUGAACACAUUCUGCUUCAUCUGCAUUAUUUUAUGAUGCACAGGCAGAGAAACCUCAACAAAUGCCCACUGUGUGUCAGUGUGGGAGCAAACUGUGUUCAAGGAGUAACCAGUAAUCAACCCACUGUACCAGAUGGAAUCCUCUUGUCCUUUGUCGAUGUAUCCUCUUCUGUGGGAAACAUUUGAACCACACAAAUACAUUAACUUAACACACGUUACACUUAAUCCUUUCAUUGUCUUUUUUCCUCUCCCAAUUUUCAAGCAUAACACUGUCCUGUUGCACCUAUCCACCUCUGUGGGGACACUUGUGUGAGGGAAAUCUGAACUUUGGAUGAGUCACAGCAGAUAAGUACAAGUAGAAGCUGGUUGACAAUUAUAAACCAAUAAAAACCGAAUGUGAAUUCAGAGCUCCUCAAAGUACAAAAAGCUAUAACUUUUUCAUUAUUAUUUCAUAUUUGAAGUUUCAGUAUUUGUCAGUGACACCUUUGGCAGUAGUUAAGCCUGAACUCUGUGUGUGAGUUUAAACUUGUUGCUGAACUCGAGUUAACUCAAGUGAAAUAUGUCCAUUUCAAACACUUGGUGUUGUUUUGAAGCCUGCAGCUGGUGUUAACUCGUGUCUCUAUGCUGCAUCUGCAUUAGAGAUGGGCAUGGUUAUUCUCUUACUCAAUUGAUUAUAAAAUGUUAAUCAGUUAAUGUGACUAUUGGUGAGCAUAUUAAAACGAUAUGUUACCACAAGACUGAUUCAUCAGUCUCUUUAUUUUAGUUGAUUGUUUUGAAAGUUAAUUUAAGUCCUGUUUUCUUGAUCUGAGCUUCUAAUUACAUCCAGUCAGUCAGUGAUUUAAAAGAUAACAAAAAAAUGAAGGAAGGCUGAAUACUUCAAGGCCAUAAAGUGUGUUCCUCUUCUUCAGGUAAAGAGGUGAGAGUUGGGUCUCCGUUGGUUUUGAAAAGCAAAUGCUGCAUAAUUAAUGAAAGCAGUUGGAAGCCAGUGCCGUUGCGACAUCUUCCAUCCCUGCUGCCUGUUCUUUGUUACACUGCAGGGUGAAACGUUUUCUCUCUGCUCACAUAAGCUUGAAGUCGACUUAUUUUCUCCAAAGGUAUGAGCCUUAAUAUUCUCACUGCUACAGAGACAAAAGAAAUGUUCUGAUAAGUGAUUUAAAGCAAAAAAAGAUGGUUGAAAAACAACUGUAAAUAGAGAUGUAAUUAAAGGCUAAACCAAUAAAACUGUUUUGAAAAAUA